ACGAUCACACAGUGAAAACUUGCAAGCCGAUAUAAUUGAACAGUGCGCAUGCGCGGAGUCGGCAAUGAAAAUUACAGUAACAGAUUUAUGAAUAGCUCUGCUGAUUUAGGAUUGUCAAUCCAAGUGUAUCUAUUUUCCUUGUGAUGAUUUAAGCUGGAAUCAAUAUAGAUUCUAUAGCUCCAAUCUUGUACAAUAUUCAGCAAGUGGCAAGCGUAUAAUGGUCUAUCCCGAAGAACCUUUUUGGGCUUUGCCAAUGGUAUCGGGAUUAUACGAAGAUAGAGAUUAUAGGGUUAAUGUAGUGGAAGCUUUGCAGGAGUUCUGGCAAAUGAAACAGACGCGCGGCGUCGAGUUGAAAAAUGGAGCUCUUGUAAUUUACGAAUCGAUUCCAUCGAAUAGCCAGCCCUAUGUUUGCUUCGUAACAUUACCUGGCGGGAGUUGCUUUGGCAGUUUUCAGAAUUGCCCAACUAAAGCUGAGGCCAGACGAAGUUCAGCUAAAAUUGCCCUCAUGAACUCGGUAUUCAAUGAACAUCCAUCUCGUCGCAUAAGCGAUGAAUUUAUAGAAAAAGCGGUUCAGGAUGCACGCGCCUCUUUCAAGGGAACACCACAAAAUAAUGAACUACCAGAAUCGGGAAUUGGCGCAUUUAGAUUCAUGCUUGAAGCAAAUAAGGGUCGAACAAUGUUGGAAUUUCAAGAAUUGAUGACCGUCUUUCAACUACUACAUUGGAAUGGAUCCUUGAAGGCAAUGCGCGAGCGCCAGUGCUCCAGGCAGGAGGUGGUCGCACAUUAUUCAAACCGUAGUCUGGAUGAUGAGAUGCGUGCCCAAAUGGCACUCGACUGGAUAGCACGUGAGCAGGAGAACCCAGGAGUGCUACGAAGAGAACUGGUCUUGGCUGAACGCGAGCUAGAGACGGCACGCAUGGCAGGGCGAGAGCUGCGUUUUCCCAAGGAGAAAAAGGACAUAUUAAUGAUAGCACAUAACCAACUGGGUGGCAGCAAUUUGGGUGCAGCAUCCAUUGAAAACUGAACAAGUGAAAGGAGCUAAUAAUAAAGGGGAUACAAUUAGGUAUAUAUGGAGAACAAUCCGUUCUUAGUCUUGGCAUCAUUAAAGCAUCAUAUCUCUAUAUAUAUACAUACAU